UUUAACCCCUAGCCGAAUGGUCCUCUCCUGGUGUUGUGGUGUGUGUCGUCUGCGAACCACAGGCAACAAAGUUUUUCUGCUGCUCCGUGCGUGAAUUUUUCCCUUUGGCCGACGUUCUUCGGAGCUCGUGUCGGUGUGAUCUGUUGUGAGCGUGUUUCUUUCGUUGUGUGGCGAGGCCCCGCUGGGUUCUGGCGCCAACAUUUGCCGCAUCGUGGAGACCCCGGAACCUGCAUGCAAUCCUCGGCAGUGUCCUGAGACUGCGUGCGACAUCAUCGCUCCUCCACCGCUUCAGAAACGGACAUACCAGACGGCGCCCACGAUGAUCGCCACCCGACAGGCCAACGCGCCCAAGGAAAGACGCAAAAACUCUGAAAAACGCAAAGAGAAGUCGCGGGACGCCGCGAGAUGCCGCCGGAGCAAGGAGUCGGAGAUCUUCUCGGAGCUGUCCCAGCAGCUGCCGCUGGCGGAGGGCGUGACGUCCCAGUUGGACAAGGCGUCCGUCAUGCGCCUAGCCAUCAGCUACCUGCGCAUGCACGAAAUUCUGGAACCGAUUGUCGAGCUAAAAGAAGAGAAGGUGUCCAGUGCUUACGACGCGUCCGUGCUGGAGGCGCUGGACGGAUUCCUGGUGGUGCUGUCAGCAGACGGAGACGUGCUUUUCUUGUCGGAGAACAUCAGCCGCCAUCUUGGACUGAAUCAGGUUGACCUGAUAGGCCAAAGCCUGUUUGAGUUCUGCCACCCGUGCGACCACGACGAGCUGAAGGAGGUGCUGUGCCCCGGCGGAGCAGCCAAAGCCCCAGAGAGUGGCGAGGAGUUCCCGCAACCGUGUUCCUUCUUUGUGCGCUUACGCUGUGCCCUCGGCAGCAAGGGUCGCGGCGUCGGCGUCAAGUCCGCCUCGUCCUACAAGGUGCUACACUGCGUGGGGCACCGGGUGCUCCGCGAUGUAGCCCCGUCGUCGCAUCGGGAGGACGACGCGGAGGAAGAAGAGGAGCCGCCGGAACCGUCCGAGGCGUCUCCAGAGCCGUGCGGCCAGGCGCCGGCCAAGGAGCAGCGCCGCUUCCUGGUGUGCGUGGCACAGCCCAUCCCUCACCCUUCCAACAUCGAGGUGCCGCUCGGCAGCCGGACCUUCCUCAGCCGCCACAGCCCCAGCAUGCGCUUCACCCACGUCGACGACAGGAUAGAGAAGUUCCUGGGCUACACUUCAGACGAGCUCUUGGGCAAGUCUGUCUACUCCUAUUUUGACGCGAGGGACAUCUCUGCACUCCAGAAGGACUUCAAAACAUUGUUCUCCAAGGGCCAGUGCGAGACCGGGCAGUACCGGUUCCUGUCCAAGCAUGGCGGCUACGUCUGGGUGCUGACCCAAGCAACGCUCAUCUACGAGAACAACAGCUGCUCCAGGCCACAAUGUGUCGUCUGUGUCAACUACGUUCUUAGUGGGACCAGCCAGGAACAUGAGGUGGUGUCGGAGGACCAAGUGAUCAAAGCGGCGGCUGCGCCCGAGCCCCCCGAGAAGCGCCCCCCGGCACCCCCGGCGGAGCCAUUUGAGGAGGCCUUUGAGGCAGCCCAAGGGGCGGUGCCCUGCUACCCGGUAGCCAGCAGCACUGCCAAAAUCUUCGCACCCCGCACCGCGGACAUGAACAAAGGUUUCCUCAUGUUCGCUGACGAUGACAGCGGCCUCACAGUUCUGAAAGAAGACUCUGAUCCCGAAGACCUGACGCACUUGGCACCUCAGGCUGGAGACGACAGUAUUCCUCUGGAAGAGCUGCCCUCUGAUGUCCUGGGCGACACGUUUGUCCUGUCGGACCCUUAUGGAGACAACAGCAAGCUGCUGCCGGACUAUGCCCUGCUCCCGCCCGAGGAGGACUGCCCUCUGGGCCACAGGGACCCCUUCCUCAGCUACCGGGACGACAAGGACCCUUUGUCGUCGCCCGACUCGUGCGGCACGCCUCCCGCAUCGGACUGCGAAGGCCGGGGCAGCGGUAGCUGCUCCGACAGCCUACUCUCGGACGUGCCGAGCCUCGAGAGCCCCGUCGACCGCUUUGCUGGACUUGACCUCCGGCCGGAUGGAACGACGGACCUCCAGGAGGACGAGUUUGACAUGAGGGCCCCGUACAUCUCAAUGAGCGGGGACGACUUCCCCCUGCUGAGCCCGCCGGACUCCGUCAUGUGGGGUCCACAGGACUCGCCCCAGGGCAGCACCUCCUCAGGACGCAGCUCGCUCUGCGACAGCCCGACGUUCUUCGACCCCCCCGUGCCCCCCCGGCACGCCCAGCACCAGGCCCUGGGGCCGAACCCGGACCCCAAGUCCAGCCUGGCGGCCCUGUUGGUCUCUCCCGAGCUGCCCCCGCCCCCCCGGCCCCGCGACUGGGGCCGGCAACACCGGAACCCGCGGCUGGGGGCUGCGGCGGCGCAGAGGGCAACGGGGAUGGCACUAUCCCGGCCCGAGCAGCGGCUUGGGCGCCACGCGGUGCAGCGGAACGCUUCCAUGGCGGGACACGGCCGCGCGGGCGACACGGCGGGGGACGGCAGGCGGCACGGGGUAUACGUGACGGCGCCGCUGGAGCAGAAGAUGGCGAUGCCGUCGCCUCCGGAACCUCCGCCGAAACGGAGCAGCAGCGGAGGAGGCGGGGCCGGGGCUCUGGGCAGCCCCAAGAGGAUGCGGGUGGACCCGCAAGGUUUGCAGCUGCAAAACAAAGACAGCGUGCUGCUGAAUCUGCUGGUGAAUGGAGAGGAUGCCAGCCACGGAUACCUGUGCCAAACGUUGCGCUACGACAGGAGGUUCCCGGCACCCUCGCCAUGCCCCGCCCCCCUCUUACUGGACGAGCCAAUCCCGAGCCUUCAGGACCUGAGCCAACUGGACGCGGAGGUCAAUGCUCCCAUCCAACAGCUGCUCACGGGCGAGGACUUGCUCAACGCUCUCGACCAGUCGGUGCCUGCGCUCGUCUAGCCCCGCCCUCCUCCACAACCUUGUCUCCCCAGGCCCCGCCCACACCUCCCUCCCGCCGUCGUCGUCAUCGCAUUCCGAUUUUGUCCGAUCCCUCUCCGCGUCCGCCACAAGAAGCCGUCGCCGCCCUUUUGUGUGUGUAGAGAAAAGCGUUGCUAUCCCGUUCGCUUUUUUUCUUUCUUUUGCAAGUUUAGUGUAUUUUGUUGCAUUUUUGUUUUUUAGCCUUUGGGUCGGAGCAAUCGUCCGACCUUCUUGUUUCCCAUCGCGCCACCUCCGAUCCGCAACCGCCGUCGCCGCGCCUUUCUUUAAUGGCCAUGACUUCGAGAGAGAGAGGGUUACAAAUCGCUCCUUGACCUCGCCGCAUCUCGUCGGAGUACUACGCAUACGGCACGACGCAUUCGCUCGUUCUUAGAGGCCAGCGUACAACCUCAAUCUUCUGCAGGGAAGAAAAUCAUCUUGGCGCUCCCUCUCCUAAGAUGCGAGGGGUAGCCAAAUUGGGGCAAGGUAAAAAGUGGAGAGAUACAGGAAAAAAGGAGAUGGGAAAAGGUGGAAAGCGCAAAGUGUGCGCCGGCCUUUAAGUUACAUCGGGGCGACGGCGGCGGUCGGAAGGACCGAGAACACCAGGAAAAGGGUGGUGCAGGUCGGUGCUGCCGUGUCAUUCACGCUCACGUGUCUGUCACUCCGUCACACUACUUAAACUGGGAAGGAGGAAGCGCCAUUGCCUUUUUGCACGCUUUCACUGCCGCCCCCGCCUUGCCACUGCCGUGCGGCGUGCAACCGCCCGUCUAAUGCGCACGACGCGUGCGUCCUCGGGAUCGGGCACACCGCCUUCGAUGUCUUGGAAAUGGGAAAGGGCGAGAAGCAACAAGAAAAUAAACGAGGGAGUCGUCGCGUUUCUCGUUGGCACGUUUUCCACGUUCCGGUUCUGGUUCUGCUUUUGGCAAGCUUGGCGCCGGCUGCCGUCUGGGGUCGACGUCCCUCGAUCGCGAACGAGCUUCGCGUCGCCGCCACGCUAUUCAAACGCACGAAGGGGGAAAGGGGGCUGCUGGUGCGAGGGAAGAAAUGAGAAGGAUACGGCUGAUCUGUACAUAGUUUUAUUUUGCGCCGUGUAUGUGUGUGUGUGUGUGCAUGCGUGUGCAUGCGUGUUUUUAUCCUAUAGUACAAAUCUCACGAAAUGAGCGGGCGCACAAACCCAACUCCUGCGCCUCGUGUCGUCGUCGUAGGGCGCGUCUCUGCGAAAGGAAACGGGUUUGCCACGCCAUCGCGUCGACGUGCGUAACUUUCUUUUUUUUUGGAAGGGAUGUAAAAACACCAUGACAAAUUCACCAGUCCUGCCACGAUAGACCUGAGAAAGGUCCACCGCAAUCGGUGGAUUCUUUGCGGGUCCAUCUCUUUACUUACGUGUGUGCCCGUGAGGCGCCGUGUCUCUUUACGUUACGUCUUCCUGUUGUUCUUUGUGGUCCUGCGCUAUUCGACAGCCCAUUCGGGGAAUCGGGGAAGUGGGGGGAAGGGAGGGACGAAAAAAAGUAACAAAACAGAUUAUGGUCGGUCGAGCACAUACUGCCGAAGUGCCUGAUUUGCGACACGGUAUCCCCGUUCUCUCGACUUCAAACGUACAGCGCUGCCACUCACGCUAAGCGCGCCCAAACGACUACUCUGUCGGAAACGACUGCCCGAGACGUCCAAACAAACAAACCACCACAAAUGCUACAACAAGGACCCUCUCUCUCUUUCUCUCUCAGUCGCUCUCUCUCUCUCUCUCAUCAGUGUCUAGAGCGUUUAUUUCAUCGAAAGAAGCAGCAUGCCUGAAUUUGGAUUGUUGUUGUCAUUGUUGUUGUUUGUAAUGAUGCGUCGUAGUGCCACUCUGACCAGUCUUUUGGCCGUCUAUUCUGUACAUAGGGCACCCCUUUCGAUUCGUUUGUUGCCGUCUGGCCCCGCCCAUCCCGAAUAACGUUGUUUGCCCGUCUCCUGCGGGAACGGGUCGUUGUUACCGAGGCCUCUCCGUGUCUCCACAACCCCCGCCUGCUGCAGAUCGAUCGGCCGACCGCCCGAUUUAUGCGCACGGAGUUGGUUGUACAUUAGAGAGCGGCAGAGAGUCAUCCUUUCCAUCCUUUUGUUGUUUUGUUUGCUUUUUUCUUCUUUUAAUGAAAUCGUAGGCUGAGGACAAGUUUUCUUGUUUUCAGCCGAGUUUGAAGAGAGUUUAUAUACAUCGAAACCCUGAUGUCUAGUGAGAAAGCCCCCUUUGUUUGCAGAGGGAGACAGAUGUGUGUAUAUCCAUAGUUUUUUGCUCUUUCUGUGUAUCGAACAUAGAGAAGUCGCUCUGCAUUUUGAGCGGGUGACAAGAUCCCUUAGUGCACCCAAGGAACCCUCCUUCAUUCAUACUGUUCUUUUGUUUUCUUUAUCUGUCGUUAAGAGUCUCCCCAUCUUAUCGGACCCUACUAACAUCUACUUUGUGUGUACACCAUCAUGAGGGUUCUUAGAACUUCGGAUCAAGGUGUCUGUGCAUUUUCCCGCCUCCAUUUUUUUGAAGAUUCUGCUUUGUGUAGCCACGAGGAACACUUGUGUAUAUGACGACGAAACUGGCAUUGACAGAACUUGGUACUGCACAUGCAAUUUUUUGUUCUCAUACUUUUACGUCCCACAAUGCCUCCCACACUUUCAUUUCUAUUCUUCGCUCCUCCUCGUACUCCCUCAUUGCGAGACUAGUGUGAGCCAAGAUUCACAGGGACUACCGACACACACACAAGCGAACUAUCAUUGUUGGAAGAUAUGACAGAUCCGUAUUUUUGGCAGUCUUGAAUAAGGUGGAUAAGACGAAGAAGAGAGAAAAAAAACGAGAGUUGUAUAUUGUUGAAUAUAUGGGCAUCCGUGCAUCAAUACUCUCGCAUAAGCAAGUUGUUGUAAGUACAAUGUAGUUAUCGAAAAAUAAAAGUAUCUUUUCAUUUAGUAAAA